AUGUGUGGUCCACACGGACUUCGCUUCCAAACUCCUGUCCAGCUCACGCUUCCUAAAUAUCAUGCUGACAGUGAACCUGAUGAAGUGAAAGAUGACUGGAAAAUUUCACUCCUUCAUGCAUCGGCCAACUCAACAUCUGCUGACGAUGAGUCUGUUUAUUCCGCUAGCGCCAGUCGAAGACACUCGCCCAGUUGGAGUGAAGUACCAUUGGCCAUGAAGUCGGAUGUCCAUCGAAAUGCCAGUGAUAGAGCCGCAAUUGAUGACAUCACCAGCAUUCCGCUUGGGAUAACUUCUCAAUGCGAAGAUUCAAAAAUUUCUAUUUUGAUCGAUCAUUUCUAG